UGAUGUUUUGUGAUUUUCGUGAUUUUUCCUGAUUUUUAGAGAAUGUGGGAAGUCUGAGAAGUGAUUACCGGUUAAAAGGUUUUAAAUCAAGUAUAUUGCAAAAUGUUAUCGCAUUUGUGUCCAGUUAAAUGGUUCAUACGUAUGGUCUGCGCAAAGCAGUUAGUAGUACACGGGACACAAAGAACACGAAAUCAGCUGUGAACUGUCAAAUUUUUAUAUUAUUAUAAACGUGUUAGCCUUUACAAUUUGUUUUGCUUGAAAUAUUGCGAAAGAAAGUUAUGCAAAAUGUCUCCUGACCCUACUCAAGAACCUAUUGAAGAAGAAUUAAAUGUUCCAAACCUGCCACUUGAUGCUAGAGGAACAAAUGAGUCAGAUAGUGAAGAUGAUGAUGUAGGAAUGGCAGGAUAUGUACCCUUAUCUCAAAUUCCUGCAGACAGUGAUCCCAUGUUGUAUGAAGAUGAGGAUGAUGAAUGGAUAUCUAAUGCAGGUGAACCUAGUCAAGCAUUUCCAACUCCAUCGUUAGAUUCACAGCAGGAUUGUAUGUCAGAAACAAUAGAAGUUUGGUCAUCUUCCUAUAAUCAAUCAAACAUUGAUAUGGAUGCAGAUAAAAUAAAUCAAGUGAAAUCUAUGAUGGCCUCUUUUACUUUACCAACUACAGCAAUUCCAGAGUGGGCAAAAGCUAUAUCAGAAGAGCAAUGGAAGGAACAACUUAUUGGGCGUAUUAAAGAAAUACAAAAUAGGGAAAAAUAA